AUGGGCAUGGUGUGGGUGGAGAGGCGGAGGAGAGAGACAGUCAGUCAGCAUGCACCUCACUCACCUAACUCACCUCACUCACCUAAUUCACCCCACUCACCUAACUCACCUCACUCACCUAACUCGCCUACCUCACCUCACUCACCUAACUCGUCUCACUCACCUAACUCACCUCACUCACCUAACUCGCCUAACUCGUCUCACUCAUCUAACUCACCUAACUUGUCUCACUCACCUAAUUCACCUCACUCACCUAAGUCACCUAACUCACCUACCUCACCUCACUCACCUAACUCGCCUACCUCACCUCACUCACCUAACUCGUCUCACUCAUCUAACUCACCUAACUUGUCUCACUCACCUAACCCACCUAAUUCACCUCACUCACCUCACUCACCUAUCUCACCUACCUCACCUCACUCACCUAACUCACCUAACUCGUCCCAGUCACCUAACUCACCUCAUUCACCUAUCUCACCUAACUCACCUAACUCGUCUCACUCAUCUAACUCACCUAACUUGUCUCACUCACCUAACUCACCUCACUCACCUAAUUCACCUCACUCACCUACCUUACCUCACUCACCUAACUCGUUUCACUCAUCUAACUCACCUAACUUGUCUCACUCACCUAACUCACCUCACUCACCUAAUUCACCUCACUCACCUAACUCACCUCACUCACCUAUCUCACCUACCUCACCUCACUCACCUAACUCACCUCAUUCACCUAUCUCACCUAACUCGUCUCACUCAUCUAACUCACCUAAUUCACCUCACUCACCUAACUCACCUCACUCACCUAACUCGCCUACCUCACCUCACUCACCUAACUCGUCUCACUCAUCUAACUCACCUAACUUGUCUCACUCACCUAAUUCACCUCACUCACCUAAGUCACCUAACUCACCUACCUCACCUCACUCACCUAACUCGCCUACCUCACCUCACUCACCUAACUCACCUAACUUGUCUCACUCAUCUAACUCACCUAACUUGCACGCGCCUAAACAGUGCCCAGCCUUGGGGAAGGACUGCAGGAAGUGCGGAGGUAAAAACCACUUCGCCAAAUGUUGCUUCACAAAGAAGAAAGUGCAGCUUGUGGAGCACAAGGGUGACAGCAGCAGUGCUGAGGAUGAGACACCGUUCUUCGUGGAAACAGUCAAGCUUGUGGAUGAAGUGAGUGACGAAGAGGAAGAGGAGCCUCCAAUCUACGUCGACCUGGUGAAGGAUGUUGAGAGCACUACAGAGGACGAAUGGAUAGCACAUAUGGAGAAAGGCAAGCACUACUGGGGUUGA